CUGCAUCAGUCAUCAGAUCGAAGAAUCCCCAAACGCCACAGCACUAGGGUUUUCUCUCGGCGAGUCGAACCGAAUCCAGGCGAGUGCCAUGGCGUCGCGUCCGUCGCUGAAGCCGAAGCCCAAGGGCGGCAGGGGCGGGAAGAAGGCCCCCGCCGCGGCCGAGGAGGACCAGUCCUCCGCGGCGGCGGUGGCGGUGCGUGCUGUGAAGGAGUGGACCACGUGGACGAUGAAGAAGGCGAAGGUGGCGGCGCACUACGGCUUCAUCCCGCUCAUUAUCGUCAUCGGCAUGAACUCCGAGCCCAAGCCCUCCAUCGCCCAGCUCCUCUCCCCCGUCUGAUCCGGUCCCCCACGACAAGGCCCAGAUGCGGUGGUCGAUCCGUGUCCUUUCGCAGUAGAUCAUAGCUAGUGGUUGUUUUGGCAUGUUGCUUGGAUCAAUGAAGGUGGAUGGGUUCUUGAUGCUUCUGUGAGGAGUUAGAGGCUUUUGCUAUAUGAGAAUAAUUUUUAUGGCAGGAUUUGCCUUCUAUAGAUCGGACCAAAUCAUGUUAACUUUGUUAUAUGGAUCUGCUAUUAAUGUGAUGGUAUGGUCUACUUUCGUGUUCA